AGUUAGGCGCACAACACAGUCACUGCAUGAGCAGCUGCAAGGGGGAGGUGGUGGAAAGGAAGGGGAAAUGCAGCUCCUCUCAUAGUCACUUUCUUAAAAACACAUCAGCAAAUGCUGCUCCAGUUGCUGUGUUGACAAUAAGCAGAGUGCUGCAUCCCCUUAUCUGCAGUCACAGCAAGAGCUCCACAAUAAACCUCCCGCAGCCAGGUGUCUUCCAGGGGAGCGCUGUUUUGUGAAUGGUGUCUGCUCUUCAUCUAUUAUUAAUAGGAGAAGAGGAUCUGCUUCACAAGCUGGAGAUUAUAUAGUAUGCACCAGUUCCACAUGAAGCUGUGACAAUAACCUCUACUGCAGACAAGGCAGGGAUUGUUGACAAAGGGGGAUCCCUCAUUCAUCUGAAUUUUUAAACAACAAUUUACAUUUUACCUGAGAUCCAAUAAUACCCUCUGUGUGAAACUUUUCAAGUCCAACAUAAAUGGUGGAUGCAAUAGUGGAAUUUGACUACAAGGCUCAACAUGAUGACGAGUUGACCAUAACAGCCGGUGAGAUCAUCACCAAAAUAAAGAAGGAAGAUGGUGGUUGGUGGGAAGGGGAGCUGAGGGGCAGAAGAGGUCUAUUUCCCGACAACUUUGUAAGGGAACUAAAAAAGGAUUUAAAAAAAGAUGCAGCGAGUAAACCACCUGACCGGCCGACACAUGGUAUCUCUAAUGGAAGUGCCAUCCUUUCUAAUGAAGCAGUCAUCAGGGGCUCUGGAAAAGUAAAAUACCGGCUGGAUUGCAACCCUUCCGCCAUUUCCUCUCUCCUUCCCAGAAAUGUUUUAAAACAUCACAGCCCUACUGAAAGAGGUGAGAGGACGCGGCGGAGAAGGUGUCAGGUUGCAUUUAGCUACUUGCCCCAGAAUGAAGAUGAACUGGAACUUAAAGUUGGAGAAAUUAUUGAAGUUCUUGGAGAGGUGGAAGAAGGCUGGUGGGAAGGAGUUCUUAAUGGAAAGACUGGCAUGUUCCCUUCUAACUUCAUUAAGGAAAUGACAAGCGAAACUGAUAUUGGAGGAAAUUUUGAAGAACACCAAAUAAAGCAAGGAUUUAAGGACACUGCUGGCUCAGAAAGCGAUGGGGGUGACUCUAAGUCAGAAGGGACCAACGGAACAAGUGGAGCAGAAAACCAGCCGAAAAAGUUAAGGGGAUUUGGCUUUGGGGAUAUUUUCAAAGACAAACCAAUUAAAUUGAGACCAAGGUCAAUAGAAAUGGAAAAUGACAUUGUUCCAUUAGAAAAGACUAUGGGUAAAAAACUACUAUCAACUAUGACUUCCCAAGAAUCACUGAAAAUGGAGACAGAGAGCAAAGCGAAGCCUAAGGAAUAUUGUAAAGUUCUGUUCCCAUAUGAAGCACUGAAUGAAGAUGAAUUGACAAUCAGGGAAGGUGAUGUUGUAACGCUUAUAAACAAGGAAUGCGUUGAUGUAGGUUGGUGGGAAGGAGAACUUAAUGGUAGAAGAGGAGUAUUUCCAGAUAAUUUUGUUAAAAUUCUUACUCCUGAUUUCGAAAAAGAGGCAAAUAGACCGAAGAAACCACCACCUCCAUCAGCUCCCGUCACCAAAACCGGAACAGGUACAUCAGAUAGAAAGCAGGAAUCUCGUAAAAUACCUCCAGAAAGGCCAGAAACUCUUCCACACAGACCAGAGGAAAAGGAACGGCCUGAUCAUAAGGUGACUGAUCCACUGAAACAUUCUGUGCCUGCAAUACCUCCAAAAAAGCCUCGUCCGCCUAAAACAAACUCUUUAAAUAGACCGGGCACCCUCCCACCGAAGAGACCAGAGAGACCCGUAGGACCUGUGACACACACGAGAAGUGAAAGUCCAAAAGCAGAGGUGGGAAGCGCUACUGUAUCCAGCACUCCUGAGCGAGACUCGUCAGAUAAAAGCAAUGACAUUGAACUAGAAGGCUUUGAUUCUGUUGUAGCAGUUGGAGAAAAACUUAGUCACCCGACAGCAUCAAGACCUAAAUCCAGCGGGCGACGACCACCUUCUCAGUCUCUAACAUCUUCAUCUCUUUCAAGUCCAGAUUUCUUUGAUUCCCCAAGCCCAGAGGAAGAUAAGGACGAGCUUGCUAACCUGACGCACAGAGGAUCAGAAUCUUCCAAGAAAACACAUAGGUCUACUACAGCACCACAGGUCACGGAUAACAGAGUAGUCUUGCCACCCAAACCUGGGGGUUUAAUUUCCAGUGUAAGCUUCACUCAUGGUGGAUCGGGAGCUCCUUCUGCUUUCCACUCUGUGACCUCUAGCAGUCAUAGGUCAAAUUCACCGUCCUUUCAUAACGCAGAAGCAAGACAAAAAAUUGACCACAGUUUGUCACCAUUGGAAGAGUUGCAGACACAAGUUAAGGAGCUUAGAAGCAUCGUUGAGACAAUGAAAGAACAACAAAAAAAAGAAAUUAAACAAUUAUUGUCUGAACUGGAUGAAGAGAAGAAGAUUCGCUUGCGAUUACAGAUGGAUGUCAAUGAUAUUAAGAAGUCUCUACAAUCCAAAUGAAUCUUGAAUGAACAGAACAAAUAAACAUAUCCACAAGUACAGGAAUGAAAGUGUUCUCUCCCCUCAGCCAAAAUAACUCCGUGCCAAAUGAUAUAAGAUUUGCCUCAAACAUACAGAAAGCACAACAGCUGUCCCACCUCUGCCCUUGUGAUGUUUAGACUAUUUGUGGCACUCGUGUUGACUGGAAAUCUCCAACUUGUGCUGAAGUUUCUCUCCUUAAAACUGCGAAUGAAGAAAACUCAGGCAGUUUACUUCUGAGUGGUACUUUUUUUUUUUUAAAUGAUAUUUUUCCAUGAAUAAAGUGUAUUUCAGAUUGUCUGUUUACAAGCUUUAUAACUUUUCUGUUCUUUUCUGUACUUUUAUCUGAUUCUUCAAAUGUUUGUAUAAUGUACAAGUAUCUUUUUUUCUGCUACGCUCCAAGAUGUAUCAGCUUGGAUUUCUGACUAUGACCUUGAAGCAAAUGCAAAGUACUGUCCAUAAAAUAUGAUUAAAUGCUUCUGAAUAUAUAUUUAACUCUACAUUAGAAUGUGUGUCUUAAAGGAAAAUUGUGGUCUCGGAAAAUGUGUGCCUUUUUCCUAAAGAAGAGUUGCAAAAAUGUACUAAACAAAACUUAAAUGAUUCAACUUCAGUAUUAAGUCAGGUAGACCAUAGUGUGGACUUUCCUGUGUAUAUUUAGUAUUAAGCUCGAUUAACGGAUUAUCCUGAAACAGUAACUUGCUGCAGCCAAUACUAGAGAGAAGUGCGUUAUAUCAACAACCCUAGUAGCCAAAGGAAAUUUAUCACUGCAAUAAACUAUGUGCUCUUGACAUAUGUUAUUAACUUAUUAUUAACAGUUUUAAAGAAAAAAUAUAUAUAGCCCUUCUCUUAUUUAGCUCUGACUUUGUGGAAUUUAUCAAUUCUCAUUUAUCUCACCGGUACCUCAAUAUUGAAUGUGAAGUAAUUAAAUGUGUUUAUUGCUGGUUGGCUAUAUUUGACUGCAGUGGUUCUCUUGCUUUAAAGUAGCAGUUUUUUCAUAUUGGGGACGGUGUGACAAGAAACCUUCAUAUUAUUCUACUUCUUUAAAGGGACAGUCUAGUCAAAAUUAAACUUUCAUGAUUCAGAUAGAGCCGCAAUUUUAAGCAACUUUCUAAUUUACUCCUGUUAUCAAUUUUUCUUCAUUCUCUUGGUAUCUUUAUUUGAAAAAGCAGGAAUGUAAGCAUAGGAACUGGACCAUUUUUUGUUCAGCACCUGGGUAGCACUUUCUGAUUGGAGUCUAAAUGUAGCCACUAAUCAGCAAGCAAAUCCAGGUGCUGAACCUAAAAUGGUCCGGCUCCUAAGCUUACAUUCAAAUAAAGAUACCAAGAGAACUAUGAAGAAUUCAUAAUAGGAGUAAAUUAGAAAGUUGCUUAAAAUUGCAGGCUCUAUCUGAAUCAUGAAAGUUUCAUUUUGACUAGACUAUUCCUUUAAUAUAAAUAUUGAAGAAGAAAGACCCCAGUGUUAUAACUUAGAUAAAAAGAAAGUAUAGCAUCUUGUAUAUGGAGAAAUAUUAUCAUUCUUUAUUUAUAAAGCAGCAACAUCUUCUGUACAAAGGGGUACAUGAAAAUACAUAUUUAUAUGCACUGAUACAAAAGGCGUUAAAGACCCAGUUUGUGGAAGAUUGAAAACGAAAAAUUUUAUUUUAUUCUUAUGGUGAAAAAAAUCUAAAAUUAAAAAAGAGAGAAAAACAGCAAACCUUUAAAAUCUAUUUUAAAAUUUUAGAGGCAAAUGCUUUGCUGAGUACAAGUGGCUUAAACAAAUGUGCUUAGCAAAUGAAAUUUCGUAUAGAGAGUAAAACAUUUACGGGGUCGAGAAAACAUGUUAGGAUUAGUGGAAUAAAAAACUUCUAUGGAAAGAUAUCCUUCAAACUGUCUGAAAUACGUAUAUGGUUUACUAGGGACUUAGGUUGGGCAUAUUAAAAAAGUUGCAUAAAAAAAGAGUACAUUAGCAUCAUUUUGAACUAUUUGGGAAACAUGCAAAUGAUCCAAAUGAAUUAUAAAAUGAUGUCCUUACAGUACUUGCUUGGUUUUAAGGAUAUACGAUAGAAAAUUCAUUAAGCCUAUAGUUUGCUUCUUCUGGAAGCAGUGGGACUAAUGUGAUAUAGGAUCACACACUGGCAAAAUUGUCCCAUUUUUUUUACUUGCCCUGUGUUUUUUUUCUUUUUCUUUUUUGUUAAAGGGACAUUGUACACCAGACUUUUCUUUGCAUAAAUGUUUUGUAGAUGAUCCUUUAUAUAAGCCCCUCUUUGAGUGUUUUAUGUAAUAAUGUAUAGUUUUGCUUUUUUUAAUAAUAUUGUGCUGAUUUUCAGACUCCUAAGCAAGCCCCAACGUGUCAGAUGUAGACUGAAGUCUACAGAUUCCUGCUUGCUCCUCUUUUUGUAAUCAGUCUUUUCAUAUGCAGGAAAGGGGGGCAGUGUCUGUUCUUCCUGCUUUCCUAACCCCUUUCACUGGGUGUCCUAGCCUAACCUCAUCAACAGUGCUAAACUGAGAACUUCUAAGUACGUUUUUAAAAGGUUUUAUACUGGAUUUUUAGAUCAGCAUCUGUGUGUAUUCUUCUUUAUAGUAGUGUCUAUUAUAUGCAGUUAUAUGAAAAUUGGUGUACACUGUCCCUUUAAGAAACCUAUUGAGGCCUUCAUGGCUAUACCUCUAUUGGUCAAUAAUUUGACUAUAGUGAAAACAUUGUGUUAAUUUGCAUAAUCUUUACUUCUUUAGAAUAGCAGGAACAUAAUGUUUUUAGCGAAGAACAGGCUUCAGACUUGUUUUAUUUAUCACAUGUGCAUGGAUUUUGUACUAUUAUCCCCAUUGAAAGCUUAGUGAAUUUUCAGGACUGUAUAACAUUAACAUACUAUAUUAACACAUUUUGUAACAACAUAAAAAACAAAUGUAUUUAUUUAAAAAAGAUCAGCACUUUAUACAUUACCCAGAUGCUGAACUGAUUGGUCGGUACAGACUGACAGACAGGCAAGCAAGGCCGUGUUGCUCUGACAUCAGCACUGGGCUCAUGCAGAAGGUGCAGAUGUUGAAAGAAAAAAGUGCAGUAGAAUAAUAUACUAGUACUGUAUAGCCCCAGCAUACUAUUAACUUAUAUUGUUCAUUUGAUAGAUUGAAUCAAAUAACCAUUGCCACACAAAGGUCCUGUCUAUGGUUAAACUUGUGCAUUCCACCUUUCACUGUGUUAAAAACUUUGGUAAAACAGUGCCACAAGCAAUGUGGAAAUACCCAAUGUGGAUUUUCUGUAAACCAAAUCUGACAAUUGGUCUUAACCUUAUGGUAUCAGUGAUACUGCUACAUACAUUUUAUUGUGGCUUUGUAUGAAGCAUCCAAGUAUCAUUUUGCUUUAAAGGGAUAUUACAUUAUUUGUCUUACAUAUGAAAAAAAGAUAUUUUAAAAUGUAUUACUUUUUAUUUUUAAUAACAAUGCUCCUCUCCGCUUACAGUGCUGUGAGCGUCAUCUAUAUCCGUCAAUGUUCAGUCUAUUCAUGUGGCUGCAUUAUAAACAAACACACUCUUCCGGUUAGUUUUUAUCAUCAUCUCCGUUUUAAGAAACGUUUUCAUGCACAAAACUAAUGUCUUACUUGCUGCACUUUCAUAUGUAAGAUAUAACAUGAAUGUAAUGUUUCUUUAAUUGCAAAUGGACGAUUCUUGGAAUGUUUGAUGCUGGAUCUCAGAUCAUGACAAGGUCACAUGACACCAUUAGACAGCUUUAUACAUAGACACUUUAGUGUUCUGUAAAUGUUGUAAAUGUUUGUAAUAUAGUAGAAUCAGAAGCCUGAAUUAAGGUAACAAAGGCCUAUGUCCCUGAAAGGUCAACAAGGUAAGUUUACGUGUAUAAUCUGACCCUUAAUAUUUGUCACUCAGAACAGCAUGGCACGAAUGCCCUUUACCAUCACAUUUUGUACUUUCAGAAGUUCCAUUAUGCGCCAGUGUUUUUAUUCCGUGUGUUUUAAUUCUCAUUAUUACACUUUACAAAAAAAUAAACAUUUGUAAGUUAUUUGCUAUUAUUUGCUCUCUGUAUCACACACACAAAAACAAUGUUUUCUUUUUUUUAUGUCUAUGUUAUUGGACAAACACAGCAUCCAUUGUAAUAAAAAUAAUAAAUAUAUAAAGUGGAUCAUGGAAAAUGUUUUCAUACACAUCUGGUGAUAUUGCUUUUAAACUUGGAUUUUUAUAAUAUUCCUGAUAUUUAUGUAUUGUCACUUGCCACUCUGUUGUAAGCUUCAUAAUACUGAAAUAGAAUGUUUUUAUAUCAA